CCCUCCCACCUCAUACCAACACAUCGGACUUGUCAUGCGCUGCUUCAGUGAUACGAAGACAAUACCUGACAGAUGAUACAAAUGACAAACGCUCACGUGAAGGACCCUCGACAGUCUGCUCACUGAUCGGCGAGCUCCGAUUAUGCAGGAACAGCAGUCGAGCUCAAGCAUUGGCCUGUGAUACACUCGCCCUUCGGGUCCGCCCUUCAUUCACCAGCAGUUCGCCGUUAUCUCUUCGAUAAGACCUUGCCAUUGCUUUUAUAUAUGUAGAUAUCAGAUCAUUCUGUUUGCCCUCUUCUGCCAGAAAGAAUAAACAACGCACCUUCGAACGUCCCAGCCAUACCUGCCACCCUUUCAUUACAACCAAAUCUACUUGUCGGAAGCAUCCCAUCUUCUCUACUGUGCUCAAACAAUACCCUCUACUACGUACUACAUUGAUAAUGGCCUCCCUAAGCUACGCCCGCUACGGCAAGGACAACGUCCGGGUCUACAAGGUCCACCGCUCCCCCACCAACCCAUCGCAGCAAGAUGUCACCGAAAUGACCGUCUGCACCCUCCUCGAAGGCGACAUCGCCGCCUCCUGGACACACUCCGACAACCGCAACAUUGUCGCCACCGAUACGCAAAAGCAAACCGUCUAUGUCAUGGCUAAAUUGCACCCGGUCAACCCGCCCGAACUCUUCGCUAGCAUCCUGGGCCAACACUUCCUCGACCAGUACGAUCAUAUCAGUGCGGCGCACGUGACUAUUACGGUGCAUAAGUGGACACGAAUGCAGCUAGAUGGGCAAGCGCAUCCGCAUAGCUUUGUUAGGGAUGGCGAGGAGAAGAGGACGGUUGAGGCUGUUGCGCGGAGAGGGCAGGGUAUCAGCAUUCGUUCCGGCAUCACUGGCCUCCUCGUGCUCAAGUCCACUGGCUCGCAGUUCUGGGGCUUCCAUCGCGACGAAUACACACGGUUACCGGAGACGUGGGACCGCAUCCUCUCGACCGAGGUAGAAGCCGGCUGGCGCUGGCGCAACUUUAGUGAUCUGGAGGAUGUGAAGAAGGAUGUUGAAGCCUUCGAUAAGGCGUUCAAGGACGUCACAAAGAUUACACUGGAGACGUUUGCGAAGGAGAAUAGUCCGAGUGUGCAGAACACCAUGUAUCUGAUGUCGGAGCAGAUCCUUGCAGCGGCACCGAGGGUGGAGAGUGUGGAGUACAGUUUGCCGAACAAGCAUUACUUCGAGAUUGACAUGACCUGGUUCAAUGGCCUGAAGAACACAGGCAAGGACGCCGAGGUCUACGCGCCACAGAGCGAUCCGAAUGGUCUCAUCCAGUGCACGGUGACCAGGAAGGGCGUCGCAUCGAAAUUGUAA